CAUCAAAUCUACUCCCACAAACGAGCCACUGCCUCGCGUUGGCUCAAUGAUGCGCCUCCGCACACACGAGGGGAUGCAUCCCAUACCACCUAGCCCGAGGAUGGGAUGGCCACGCAGCCGGCCCCAAGGCACCGACUGAGUGAUGACAUACCUACAUGCCGCAGCUCGCCAUUGACGAUCUCUUGCUGCUGCUGUUGAUGCUUCAUCUCCACCGUUGCACCCUAUGGCCGCCGCACUAGCUCUCCCUUCACCACCCUUUGUGAACGUGCCAGGCACCGCCAACUUUCGCGAUGCAGGAGACGGAAAGACUAUGCGAUACGGCCUCAUCUACAGGUCGGCAGACCCUAGCAAAGCAACAACAGAUGGACUGGUCAAGAUGAAUCGGAGUCUGGGCAUUCAAUACAUCUUCGACCUUCGCUCCACCUCUGAAAUUCAACGCGAUGGCCCCGAGUGGCAAGGCGUGCAAGUCGACGCUCCUAACCCGUAUGCCCAGUAUGGCAUGAUCCGCCGAUGGACUCCCGUCUUCGCAGACCAAGAUUACGGACCGGAACAGGUUGCGCUGCGAUAUCAGCAAUACACUCGUUCGGGUUCAGAAGGUUUCGUCAAAGCCUAUCGAGACAUCUUGCUCGCUGCCCCCAGAGCCUAUGGAAUCAUCUUCCGUCACUUGGCCUCUCCGGACGCCAGGCCAUGUCUCGUCCAUUGCACAGCAGGGAAAGACCGGACAGGAGUGUUUGUUGCAUUGCUCAAGAUGUUGGCGGGAGUCGACAAGAAGGCCAUUGGGGAGGAGUAUGCGUUGACAGAUGUGGGGUUGCAGCAUCUGAAACCCGUCUUUAUGCAGAGAUUACUCAAGAAUCCCCGAUUACAGGGCAACGAAGCGGGAGUGCGGAACAUGAUGAGCAGUAAGAAGGAGAAUAUGGAAGCGACGGUGGAGAUGAUCGAGAGGGAGUUUGGCGGAGCGGAACAGUACCUGAGGAUGUACUGUAAGAUGGGUGACGGGGAGAUUGAGGGAUUGAAGAAGAACUUGCGAGCCGUCUGAGGCGAG